CGGGCUGCCCGUCAGAGACGAGUCCCCGCCUGCUUCCGUCUGAAUUUUGGCGCGAGCGGAAAAUGGCGGAGAUAAAGUCGGAGCAGCUUGAGAUGUCGGGACCUGAAUCCGGGCCCGUAACGGGACUGACGCCGGCGUGGCCUCGGACUACCAAGGCUUUGGCCGCGCUGCAGCUUUUGUUGCAGUGCUCGAGUUGUAACAAGCUGCUGCAGGAGCCAGUCUGUCUUGGAGGCUGUGAGCAUGUGUUUUGCCGUGCUUGCGUUGCUGAUUCUAUUGGGAAUGGCUGUCCAGUAUGUCAUGCUCCAGCGUGGGUGAAAGAUCUGCAGCCAAAUCGACAGCUACAUAAUAUUGUCAACCUUUGCAACCAGCUUGAAGCUGUCCUCAAUAACAAAGGCUCGGCAGCUGAUAAAAGUAACUCAGUUACACCGGAAAUGAAAGCUGAAAGAGAAACUGGUAAAAAGUGGGAUUUAAGAACACGGUUUAGUCCACGCAGUGGAAAAUUGAAGUGUGUUCUGGACAUGCACGCUUUAAAGAAGGAUCAGAAAAUAAGUCCAAGCUCCGAUUUGAAUGAAACUUCAUCUUCUGUAUUUGAAUUCUUGUCAUCGCCAUCUCCUCCACAUGAUUCUCCAAAGAGGAGAACUUCAGACAAGUCAAAACAGAGAGUUAGAAAAAGAUUGACUGAUGCUAAUAAAGAAUGGGGUUUUGGAAAAAGAACAAGCAAGAAAACAGCGAGAGAAGGUGACAGCCCUGGAACAAUGGAUCAUGACAGAGUUGUCUCAUUUUCCAGUCAACCAAUGGUUUAUAAUUUUCAGGACCAAGUAGUUGUAGGUGAACCUGUUGAAGAAUUGGCCCAUGCGGAUGCAGCUUCACUGCCUAACAAUGUAACUGACUCCAAUGUAGAGUCUACAAACAAAAAUCUGGGUGACAAUCUUUCUGAUGCAUGUAUCAAAGCAGCAGCUUCCAGUUGCGAAGAUGUUUCUCCAGUACAGUUGGCCAAAGUCUUAAAGAAGGAAGAGCAUGUUGUUCCUUUGCCCACAGCACAUGCCAUGGCUAAAAGAUUAAGAAAGUCAUCUGAUUCCAACUCUAAAACUCCCUCAAAAAAGAGCAAGAAAGGUCCAAGUUCUUGCACUAAAAUAUUGGCAGCAAGUUUCAGUAAGAAUAUGUGUGAACCAACUAAAUCAGACACGCAUCAGGAAUCUGCAACUCCACUGCUACUUAAAUCUGUGUUGAAUGAGUCUGAUAAUGAUAUACAAGCUAUUUCUUCAACAGAGAGUAGCUACAACACACCAUCUAACAAAGGUAACAGUGAGAGAAAACAGCAUGCAACACAGAAAUCUCCUCAUACACCACGAUCUACGCCUAAGAGCAGACUGGCUGGAAGUCAUACAACUCCAAUCUCUCCUCUUACUCCCUUAAUGAAGAGAAAUCACAAGGGUGAGACACCGCUGCACAUUGCUUCCAUAAAGGGUGACGUUGCAACAGUGGAGCAGCUCUUGGAGAAUGGAGCUAAUCCAAAUAUUAAAGACAAUGCAGGAUGGACGCCAUUGCAUGAAGCCUGUAACCAUGGGCAUGUGAAAGUUGUACAGAUGUUACUGCAGUUUGGUGUUCUAGUGAAUACACCAGGAUAUGAAAAUGAUUCUCCAUUGCAUGAUGCAGUAAGGAAUGGGCACGUGGAUGUUAUUAAGCUGCUCGUUUUACACGGAGCUUCUCAAGAUGUGAUCAAUAUCUUUGGUUUGCGGCCGAUUGAUUAUGCAAAUACUGAACAACUGAUUGCAGCUCUGAAGCCUUCCACUAAAGAUGAAAAUCCAGUUGUUGAGCAAUGCCUUGCACAGGCAUCUACGAGCCAGAGAAGAGAUGAACCUAUCAUGUUGUUGGGAAGUGGACUCCUUCCAGCUGACAAGAAUAAGCUCAACAGAUUAAUAAGGCUACUAAAAGUUGGAAGUUGCACUGAAUUUAGUACCUCUGUGACGCACAUUAUUGUUCCCAGUGAUCAUGCUCUCUGUACCAUGAAGUGUUUGAUGGGGAUUAUCUCUGGCUGCUGGUUUGUGGAUUUGCAGUGGGUGGCAGCUUGUCUGGAGUGCAAGGACAGAGUUUCUGAAGAAGACUACGAGAUAAGUAGCAUGACUGGCCCCAAGCGUGGGCGUCUUAACCGGGAGCAGCAGCUGCCAAAGCUGUUUGAUGGCUGCCACUUCUAUUUCAUGGGCUCUUUCAAAAGCUGCAAGAAAGAGGAUUUGGUUCACUUGGUCAAGCUUGGUGGAGGCCAAGUCCUUGCCCGGCAGCCCAAGCCUGAUAGUGAUGUGACUCAGAGUAUCAAUACUGUGGCCUACCAUGCAUCGCCGGGCUCAGAUCAGUCUUUCUGUACACAGUACAUCAUAUAUGACAAAGACAGUAACUACAAGCCUGAGAAGAUGAGGCUGGGUAAAGUGUGGACAACUCAUUCUGCAUGGCUGAUUAACUGUGUGAAAUCAUUUGAAUUGCUUCCAGUUACUGAGAGCUAGUGAAAUUAUAUCUGAAUAUGUAGUUGAUUUAUUUUAUAAAAUUAUGUGCCUCUAUGUGCUGUUGUAUUAAAAUGGAACAGCAGCUCAGAAAAUGAAUAAUAUUAAAAUUGAGGGUCAAAGUUUACUUAAUUCACUGUAUAAAUUGCUUUAUAAUGACCUUCCUCUGCUAACUUCUCUUAUAUUUUGUUACAUUAACUGCUCAUUAUGCUAAAUUAAGCUCAUUCAAUAAAAAGAUUUAUUUGCAUCUUGCUCUAGACGUUUUUCGUACUCGAUUUGUUUUAACAUGAAAAGAAUAAUGGAAUAUAUGUACUUGCUUUGAAUCUUGUCAUCCUGUGUGCAACUAUUGUAGAGUUUUCAUUUUUUCAUUGUUGACAUGGUAGUUAUCAAAUCAUGUACUUAUACUUCUUUCAGAGUCAUGACUGUUGACUUGACAAAUCGCUGAAAUGAAAAUCACCGAAGAAAACUAA